UCCUGCUGUGCAUCAGCUUGGCGCUGUGGAGUUACUUCUUCCACACGGACGAGGUGAAGACCAUCGUCAAGUCCAGCCGGGACGCCGUGAAGAUGGUGAAGGGCAAGGUCGCAGAGAUCAUGCAGAACGAUCGGCUCGGGGGGCUCGACGUCUUGGAGGCCGAGUUUUCCAAGACCUGGGAGUUCAAGAGCCACAACGUGGCGGUGUAUUCCAUCCAGGGCCGGAGAGACCACAUGGAGGACCGAUUCGAAGUUCUGACGGACCUAGCCAACAAGACGCACCCGUCCAUCUUCGGGAUCUGCCGACGCUACGGGGGCGAGACUGCAGCUGAAUAUGUAAAAUCUCGACUCCCAGAGGCCCUUAAACAGCAUCUACAGGACUACGAGAAAGACAAAGAAAAUAGUGUUUUGUCUUACCAGACCAUCCUUGAACAGCAGAUUUUGUCGAUUGACCGAGAAAUGCUAGAAAAAUUGACUGUAUCCUAUGAUGAAGCAGGUACCACGUGCUUGAUUGCCCUGCUGUCAGAUAAAGACCUCACGGUGGCCAACGUGGGUGACUCCCGGGGGGUCCUAUGUGACAAGGAUGGGAACGCCAUCCCCUUGUCUCAUGAUCACAAGCCUUACCAACUGAAGGAGAGAAAGAGGAUCAAGAGAGCGGGUGGUUUCAUCAGUUUCAAUGGCUCCUGGAGGGUCCAGGGCAUCCUGGCCAUGUCUCGAUCCCUGGGGGAUUAUCCGCUGAAAAAUCUCAACGUGGUCAUCCCAGACCCAGACAUCCUGACCUUCGACCUGGACAAGCUCCAGCCCGAGUUCAUGAUCUUGGCAUCGGAUGGCCUCUGGGAUGCUUUCAGCAAUGAAGAAGCUGUUCGGUUCAUCAAGGAGCGCUUGGAUGAACCUCACUUUGGGGCCAAGAGCAUAGUUUUACAGUCAUUUUACAGAGGCUGCCCUGACAACAUAACAGUCAUGGUGGUGAAGUUCAGGAAUAGCAGCAAAACAGAAGAGCAGUGAGCCCUUCGGGGCUCAGCUGCUGUAGACUAAGGGACUUUCAACACACUGGUCUCUUUUAAUGUCGUGAAGCUGUGGAAGUUACAGUUAGGAUCCCCCAUCCCAGACGUGGGAUGCCCCCUCCCUGGUGGUCUUAGGUCUGUAUCCAGUGACGAUGAAAAGAGGGCCGAUGUUGAGAGGCUGGAAAAUCGUUUUUUCAUGUUUCCCGAUUCUUUCAUCCAACGUUCAAAAUGUACAAAUAUCUAGUCGUAGAGUCACAUGUAUGACAUGAAUGGCAUAUGUGCCAUGUGUUCUCCCUUUUAAGGUUCUUUUUAAGAUUUCAAGAUCCCUUAUAGGGCCCUCCAGGCAUCAGACUUUGGAGUAGUGGGCAGGGCAGGCCGCCCAGAGCUGCAGGAGACAUGCCCCAGCGUCCCCUGCGCAUCAGGGUGGCAGUUCUCUUACUGAGGGCAGAGCUGCCCUGAGAAGGCUUUACCCUCCUGCGCCCAGGUUUCCCACUCCGCAGCAGCCCAGAAACCGAUUUGGAGUGGUUUGCUGUUCCGUGGCGGCUCUUGGAAAUGGAGGGAAGAAGAGACUGCAGCGGCUACACAGCAGAAGUAACCUUUUCCCUCCUCCCUUUAUUCCUUAUAUAGACUUGUGUACCCUCUAGCCGGUCUUUGUGUCAGUCUUUGUGCGCUUAUCCUAAUCCUGCAUGACCUUAACCUUUUGCUUACACCUUACUGUAUGUAAUAGGCAGCUGUUAAACUUCACAACUGGAAGCCACAUUUUUUUUGUCUUUUGUCACCAAGAAACCUAUUAAGGGAAGUCAGAAAAGCAAAUCACAGUUAUCAUAAUUCCUUCCAUCUUUAAAGGUAGAUAGGGGGCGGGGGGAAUAAUGGCUGAAUAAGUCACAGAGCCCCCUUGGGAAGUUGCUUGUUUGCAUUGGGAGAGAAAGUUGGGGAGGCUACUACCCUGAAUUGAGUUCCAGCUGCCAGUUUUAUGCCCUCCCCCUCUUCUCCUAUCCUAGUAGCUUUCAAGUAUCUUUCAAGGAGUGUUCUGAGAAGCAGCAGAACUGCAUGAGUAUUUCAUGAAACCCAGGCCAGAGUUCCCACCCACAUUUUGGAGUUUUGUGGUAAAUUGUGGGAUGCGCUUCUCCAUGACUGUGGAGAAGCAGAUAGCUUCCCCAGGCCAACCAUUCAGUGACCAUAAAGCGGGUUGGGAAUUCAAGCUCAAACCGAUAUUGUAAGGCAUCCCAGAGUUAUUCUGGGGCCAGGCUUGCUGCUCUCUGUUUCCUAUUACCAAAGUCACAUUUCCAAUCGCAGUAUUUUAUAAGUUAAUUGACAGAAAAUGCUCAGACAUCCUGUUUGCCUGACGGCGGUGGCUCAAGCAGCCAAACAGGAUUUUCCGUGCGUUCCCAGCCCUGUGUCUGAAAUGCCAGGGUGUCCACCUGGUUCUGUUCUUUCUGAGUCGGCAUUUGUCAUUAUAGCUUCUCAAAGGUCCCAUUCACUUUCCGCAGCUGGGGAGCUUUUCUGAAGCAGGUUCCAGAGAGAACCUGGGAGGAUGAAGAGUCCCUCGUGGUCACCAAGGACUGCAGUCUGUCGAUUCCUCCCAGCACUUACCUUUUUUUUACUCCAAUGAGAAUGAAUAACAGUGUCCUAAGAGCUUUGAUUACUUUCGUAAACUGUGACUUUAGAAUUCCAACAUUAGGAUUAGAACCUUAAUAAUUUUUUUAGCCAUAGAAUGUUCUAGUACAAAAUACCUACCACCAUGUAGACUGAGCUCUUUGCCUAAUUAAGAGGCACUGAACAGUUGGAUGUGUGUAUUUGGGGUGGGGGUCAGGAGGGGAAUGUGGGGAACACACUGUCUGUGGUCAGUGUGGGAUUAUCAGGCCAGGUGGCCCAAGUUUGCCUGAAGAUUUAGGAUGUUCUAACUCCAGAAAGGUACCAAAGCCCAUCAUCCAACUCAAGUUCAAGGAUAAGCUCUUUAAUUUUAUGGUACACAGUCAAUUUUCCUUUUUUAUUUUUAACUCCAAAAUUCAUAAUCACAAGGAAAGAUGUUUUUAAAUGCCAUGAUUGUUGUUGUUGUCCAAAAUUAAAAUAGUAUGGUUUUGGUGAAGAUGAAAAAGAAAAGCUACUAAGUUAAAUUAGUAAGUUAGUGUUGUUUGCUGCAGAACAUCUCAGUAGGUGGUGCUGAGGGCAGGAGUGCAUGACUGUCCCCCUAGCUGAGGUUCACACGGCAUCUUCUACGUUUUGCUUUGUAGAAUUAAUUCAUUUCUGACUUUAACCACGUAGUAUGUGUAUUUCCUAUUCCCUUUUUUCCUCUCAUUUUGGCUUGUAAUAUAGAUUUUUAAAAGAUAGAAAUUCUAGGCAGAAUAGUAGCACUUUGGUUAAUACCUAUGUCUACAAAAUACUACAAUCAGAGUAUUUUGCUCCCUUUCCCUGUCCUGGAGCUCUCUCUCUCUCUGACCCUCCUCCAGAUGUUGGGGGUCUACAGACUCACCCUCUGGUGCCCUGUGGCUCCUGGCUGCUCCCUUCUUCUAGGGACAGGGAAGGUUGGAUGUAGCCACUAGGGAAACUGAGUUGAGGAGUUUGCAUGUGAAGCCUCCCUAAACAGCACUGCCAGAGCUUUGGAUUGUUGCCGAGGCUGCCCAGACUCCCCAGCCCGAGUUCACCUUGCCAAUAGCUCCCACGGUGCCAAAUCUGGGAUGGUUUUUCAGUCCUUUGGAGAUGAAGCUGGGAACGAAUGACCACAUGCCAUGAGCCCCCAGCAAGAUGCCAAGCCCAGGCCUCCUCCAUGCGCUGCUCUGCUACUUACUGCUCCACUGGCCAUUCUGAAAAUGGAUCGGGAUUGGGGGGGGGGGGGGUGGGGGGGGGAGGUGUUAAGGAAGGGAAAAUUUAAAAAAAUCAUUGUAUUUGAAAUUCUCUAAUCAAUGGAAUAAAUGAUACUUACAUAGAAAAUUCCAAA